AUGUCUCUCAAUCAGGAUAUUGAUUCAAAAAAUAAUUUAGUUAUGAGAGUUGAUGAAGAUUCAGAAUCAGAUUUACAGGCAUUAUUUGAUAGUGUACUAAAACCAGAUUCAAAAAGACCAUUACAAGUACCAUUACGUAUGCGUAAUUUACCAAAUUCAUUUUUUUGUCCACCAACAACUGGUAGUAAAAGUCCAUCAAUAUCACAUUCACGUGAAAAUUCAGCAGAUUCAGCAUUUGGUACAAUAAGUAGUGGUUUAAAUUCUGGUACUGGUGGUAAUACAACACCAAAUAGUGUUACUGGUAGUGUUACUGGUACAAAUAGUACAAAUAAUAAUACAAAUAGUGUUAAUACUGGUUUAAUUGUUGCACAUCCACGUGCUCAUAGUAGUCCAGCAUCAUUACAACAAACAUAUGCAACAGCACAACAACAAGCAAAUCAACAUGCACCACAACCACAUGCUAGACAUCAUCAUCAUCAAAAACAACGUAGUUAUGAUGUUAUUAGUACUGUUGAUGAUCUUGGACCAUUACCACAUGGAUGGGAACAAGCAAGAACACCAGAAGGACAAAUUUAUUUUCUCAAUCAUUUAACAAGAACCACAACUUGGGAGGAUCCAAGAAAAACAGCAGCCGCUGUAAAUGUCGCGGCUGUUGCUGCUGCUGCUGUUGAAAGUGGUAAAACAUCAUCAAAUACAGCAAAUAUACUUGGUUCAUUACCUGAAGGAUGGGAACAAGCUCGUACACCUGAAGGUGAAACAUAUUUUAUAAAUCAUCAAACACGUACAACAUCAUGGUUUGAUCCUAGAAUUCCUGCUCAUCUUCAGAGAGCUCCAACUUCUGGAGCAAUGUUACCACAAAAUUGGCUUCAACCUGGUACAGCAGGUUUGCCAAAUAAUCGAAUUCAAUUAUGUGAACAACAAAUGAGAAUUCAAACAUUAAGAUUAGAACGUGAAAGUCUUAAACAAAGACAAGCUGAAAUAAUGCGAAAGUCUGAGCUAAGAGCAAAUAAUAAUGAAGCAAUUAUGGAUCCAUUUUUAUCGGGUAUGAGUGAACAACAUGCACGUCAAGAAAGUGCUGAUUCUGGUCUUGGACUUGGUUCAGCAUACUCAUUACCACACACACCUGAAGAUUUUCUUUCAAAUAUUGACGACAAUAUGGAUGCCACAAGUGAGGGUGGAGCACCAAUGGAAACACCAGACAUAUCAUCACUAAGUGAUAACAUAGAUUCUACUGAUGAUCUCGUACCUUCUCUCCAGGUAAUCUUUAAAUAA